GUACGUUAUUGCAGUCAAGUGCACAAGCGUCACGGCGUUCACGUUGCGUGCAGCUACCAAACUUUUUCAGAUUUCCCCCCUAAAAUCAGUUGGUGUUGGUGUGUUGUAUCGACUCAUGACGUCAUUGCAGAAGACUGUAGCUGCUUAUGGCUCGUGGAAAUCUCCCAUUGUUGCGUCUGAUGUUGCAAAGGAGGCUUUGCGAUUGGAAAGUGUGAGGGUUGAUGUGACCGGUCAGGGGAAGGAAGGUGUAGUCUAUUGGACUGAACUACGACCUUGGGAAGGCGGGGCCAUAAGAGUAUGCAGCAGAGACAUGUCACACCACGACGGUUCAGACGACCAUCCAACUCAGUGGACACAUGGAGAUUACAAUGCAAGGACUCGUGUUCACGAAUACGGAGGGAGUGGCUCCUUUAUUCAUGCAGGAGUUGUCUAUUUUUCUAACUUUAAAGACCAACGGCUUUAUAAGCAGACUGCUCAUGAUGUUGAACCGGUUGCCUUGUCUCCUGCUGAGGGCGGCUGGAGGUUUGCUGAUUAUCAUUCCAUUGCUGGAAAGAAGUUCAUCGUUGCAGUAGGAGAAAACCACGGCAUCGUGACGGCCGGAAAAGCAAAAGAGCCAGAAAACGUUGUAUUGUCACUUGAUGUUGAGUCCGGUGAUCAACAUUUAUUGGUUAGAGGAUCGGACUUCUAUUCUAGUCCACGGCUCUCUCCUGAUGGCAAACAGUUGGCCUGGAUUGAAUGGAAGCAUCCAAACAUGCCAUGGGAUGAUACAGAACUAUGGAUUGCACAGAUCACGGACGAUGGGAGAGCUUUAGUUGCAGACUCACGUCUAAAGAUUGCUGGAGGUGAAGGCAUAAAUGUCAUUCAGCCUUCUUGGUCUCCAUCAGGAGAUCUCUUCUUUAUCAGUGACUCGGCUUCCAGUGACCCUUUUUGGUCUCUGUAUAGAGCCGAUGUGACAGGCAAUGGAAAGCAUCAUAAAGUCUUGGGAGAACACGGACAUGAAAUUGGAUUACCUGGCUGGCAGUUUAACUAUAGCUCUUAUGCUAUUAAUCCACAAAAUUCAAAGGAGAUUGCUGUUGCAUUUAAGGGAGGUCUUCACACUCUCAAUACUGACACUGGAAAGCUAACAACUAUCCCCACAGAGUUCAUAAGUCACUCACAUGUAGUUUACUCAUCGGAUGGUCACAUCUUCACAGUCUCCAUGGGACCCACCGUUUUUCAAUCAAUCCUUCGCAUCAACCCUACUACUCAUGUAGUACAGGUUGUUCGCCCAUCUCGCAAGCCAUUGGUUGAUGCAGAAUACAUCAGUGUUGGUAAACACAUCAAGUUUGAAACUUCAGACAAUGAAGUUGCACAUGCAAUAUACUAUCCUGCAAAGAGUAAGGAGUUUUGUGGUCCUGAGGGAAGGAAACCACCAUUGAUUGUUCGUGUGCAUGGAGGUCCGACUGCUUCGGCAAGUGUGUCACUUAAUGUUGAGUAUCAGUUCUAUACGACACGUGGAAUCGCUGUGGUUGAUCUAAACUACCGUGGCAGUACAGGAUACGGUCGUGCUUACAGAGACAGGCUGAAGAAAAAUUGGGGCCUAUGCGAUGUUGAGGACGCAGUGCAUGGUGCAUUACACCUGAGUAAGGCUGGUGAAGUGGAUGGUGAUCGUCUGGCAAUCUCUGGUGGCUCAGCAGGUGGUUACACUGUGCUGGCAGCUCUGACAUUUAAAGAUGUUUUCAAAGCAGGUUGUAGUCGUUAUGGUGUCAGUGAUUUAGGAGCUUUGGCUACUGAUACGCACAAGUUUGAAAGUCGUUACCUUGAUCUGCUGAUUGGGGAAUAUCCUAAAGAGAAGUCGGUGUAUGAUGAACGUUCUCCUAUAAACUGUGUGGAAAAGUUGAGUGCUCCAGUGAUUUUCUUUCAAGGCGAUGAGGACAAGAUUGUUCCUCCUUCUCAAUCAGAACUGAUGUUCAAUGCAUUGAAGUCUAAAGGCAUUCUUACUUCUUAUGUCCUCUUUCCUGGAGAACAACACGGAUUUCGUAAACUGGAGAAUGUUGUUGCUGCAGUGGAAGGUGAACUGUACUUCUAUGGUCGUGUUAUGGGCUUCACACCUGCAGACACAUUUGAAAAGGUUCCUCACAUUGUCAAUCAGUAAUUGAAUUUCCAAGAACUGAACGUAUAGUUCAUGUCAGACAAACCGCUGAGGCCAGUGUCAUUGCAGUCAUUGCAUGUUCUUCUUGCUUUUUGUUUGUUUAUUCAUGUUGUUGAUGCUGUGCUGAGAAUUUUUUUUAUAAUAAACGACAAUACUUGAGCGAGAA